AUGCCACCCAAACGCAUGACCGCAAACCCAGUUCAAGGCCCGCGCCACCGCCCUGGAAAAGUCGUUCAGGAAGCCGACUCCUCAGACUCCGAGGCAAGCGACGACGACGACGACACCCCAGCACCUUCCAAGAUCCCCGCGCCGCCGAAAGCUACCACCGCCGGCGGAAUCACGAGUAACCUCAGCAAAGUCGAUCUUAACGAGGGGAGGAAAAUCGCCGCGCAGAAAGAGGCCGACCGAAUCGCAGAGGAGAAGGCGCUGAAAGCAGCAGAGGAAGAAGGCUUUGUCACGGAAGAGGAAUCUGAGGAUGGUGAGGAUGGGAGUGAGGGGGGGAGCGGGAGCGGCAGUGACGAGGAGACUAGCAGCGAGGAGGAGGAGGCGCCACGUAGGGUCAUGAUGCGGCCGACUUUUAUCAAGAAGGAUAAACGUGCUGCGAUGGCGGGCGCGAAACCUGUGGAUACGCGCACCGACGAGGAGUUCGCGGCGCAGGAGGAGGAGAGGAGGAAGAAGGCUGCCGAUGAGAUUGUGGAGGAGCAGAUCCGGCGGGACAUUGCUGCCAAGGCGGCGGGCAAGAAGAAUUGGGACGACGACGAGGAGGAUGCGGAGGUGGACGAUACGGACGGCCUGGACCCGGCUGCGGAGCGCGCGGCGUGGGAACUGCGGGAGUUGAUGCGGAUUAAGCGGGAGAGGGAAGCCAUUGAGGAGCGCGAGAGAGAGCUCGAGGAGGUGGAGCGGAGGAAGAAUCUCAGCGCGGAGGACAGGAAGCGCGAAGACGAUGAACACAUCGCCAAGCAGAAGGAGGAGAAGGACAGCAGGAACAAGAUCGGCUUCAUGCAGAAGUACCACCACAAAGGAGCCUUCUACCAGGACGACGCCGCGGCCCAGGGACUGGCUGCGCGGGACAUUAUGGGUGCGAAAUUCGUGGAUGACACGAAUCGCGAGUUGCUGCCUCAGGCGCUGCAGAUGAGGGACAUGACCAAGCUAGGGAAAAAGGGUGCUACGAAGUAUAAGGAUCUCAAGAGCGAGGAUACGGGUCAAUGGGGCCAAUUCAACGACAGGCCGAGGAAGGGGGGCAUGGGUUUCAAUGGCGACGAGAGAUUUGCGCCUGACCGAGAACCCCGCGAUCGACCUGGUGCCAGCGGAGCAAACACCAUUUCGGUUGCCGAGAGGAAGGGAGUCAGUGGCGCGCCUGAGGAGGGGGAGAAAUACCGAUACGUAUCGACCUACUCGAGAGAGGUCGCGGUCGCGGUCACGGUCACGAUCGAGGUCACCGAGAAGGGACAGAGAGGACAAGCAUAG